UAGAAAAUGGACAAAGUCAAGAUUUUUCUGCAUCAAUUGAACCCCCUGUUCUUGUUCACAAACCCUAAAGUGAACAUCAGGGUUCAUCUUGAGGAGCAGGGGUUAUCCGAUUGAGAUGAAUACAGAUUCCGAAGAAGGAAUACCCACCUCAAAAUUUAGAAACUACGUUGUUUUUUGAGGUCAGUUCACGUAUCGUUCCUCUUGCUGCGAAAACAAUAAUUUAGAUCCUGAUUUGAGAAGAAUCGGGAUCCUCCGGUGGAUUUUUGAGCUGAAUUGAUCUUUAAGAUGGAGAAAAGUUCCAUUCUGUUCGUGGGUCUUGCUUUGAUUUUUGUAGCUGUCAAUUGUUCUUCCGCUGACACUGAGGUGGAUGAAAAGGCAAAAGUUAUUUCAAGCUCGAUCUCAGAUUUGAAUUCCACUGAUACCAGACUUGGUGGGUCCGAAUUGGUUACCAAUGAUACUACCAAUGCCAAGAAAACAGAUGAUUCCGUUAAUAUGGAGGAUAAGCAAUGGCAUUCGACGGGAAAUGAUGAUAUCAGGAAGGGAAAGGAGGAAUUGGAUGAUGCAUCAUCAAAGGCAAACUAUGGAGAGAAGCGGGCAAAUGAUGAAAUGGGUAGUGAGGAUAUGAACACCUCAUCAAGGAAGAAAGAGGGCUUUCAUGGGGAAGAAUGUGACCCAUCUAAUAUGUGCACCAAUGAGGAAGAUCAUUUCGUUGCUUGUUUGCGAGUUCCAGGAAAUGAUUCGCCUCGUCUCUCACUCUUGAUCCAGAACAAAGGCAAAAGUCCCCUGCUUGUAACUAUAUCUGCUCCGGCUUUUGUCCGGUUGGAGAAGAGCAAAGUUCAGCUCCUGAAAAACGAAGACAAGAAGGUGAAGGUUUCUAUCAAAGGCCAAGAAUCCAGUGAUAAAGCAAUCGUUCUGACUGCUGGUAAAGGAAAAUGCAGACUCGAUUUGAAGGAAUUAUCUGCAGAGGAUGCUGCUGGAAACGAUGACUCGGUCACUGACACUGUUUCUCGCUUCUCGAUCGCAAACUUCCGGUCACAAACCCUAAUCGUCGUCAUCUUCUUCAUCGUCGUGUGUGGCCUCGUACUCGUCCCAGCGUUCAUCCAUUUCUACAGGAAGAAGAACAAGUGGAUAGGGAACAAAUACCAGAGGCUUGAGGAAGAGCUCCCAGUGUCUACUAGCAAAGGGUCGAAAGCCGACAAGGAAACAGACACAGAAACAGAAGGUGGGUGGAACAACGAUUGGGGAGAUGAUUGGGACGAUGGCGACGGUGAUGGUGAUGGUGACGGUGAUGAUGAAGAAGCUCCCAAAACGCCAUUGAUGCCUCUCACUCCCUCUGUUUCUUCCAGAGGGCUGGCCUCCAGAAAACUCUACAAGGAGGGCUGGAAAGAUUAAAAUUCUCCGACAUUUAUUAUUUUGCCCCCUUUUUUAUACUGUUUCUUCCAUUUUUGCAUUAUUUCAAGAUAUCGGAUAAUUUAAAGUUACAAGGCAAAUAUAUUUUGAUGUGGCUGUC